AUGUAUUUAUACAACUUGACUCUGCAAAGAGCCACCGGCAUCACUCAUGCGGUCCACGGGAAUUUCUCCGGCACGAAGCUGCAGGAGAUACUCGUUUCCCGCGGGAAGUCGCUGGAGCUUCUGCGGCCGGACCCAAACACCGGUAAAGUCCACACGCUGCUGGCUGUUGAAGUUUUCGGAAUAAUAAGGUCUCUUAUGGCCUUCAGGCUAACUGGAGGUACUAAAGACUACAUUGUUGUUGGCUCAGACUCGGGAAGAAUAGUAAUUCUUGAGUAUUUGCCUGCAAAAAAUGUCUUUGAGAAGGUUCAUCAAGAGACUUUUGGCAAGAGUGGCUGCAGAAGAAUUGUACCAGCUGCAAUCGAGAAGCAGAAGCUCGUCUACAUUUUAAACAGAGACCCCGAAGCCCGUCUGACGAUAUCCUCGCCUUUGGAAGCCCACAAGAGCAAUACUCUAGUUUACCACACCGUUGGAGUGGACGUCGGGUUCGAGAACCCGAUGUUCGCGUGUCUGGAGAUUGACUACGAAGAAGCAGAUAGCGACCCAACGGGUGAAGCCGCUGUGAAAACUCAGCAAACUUUGACCCUCUACGAGCUCGAUCUUGGUCUGAAUCACGUCGUGAGGAAGUACAGCGAGCCAUUAGAAGAGCACGCAAACUUCCUUAUCUCCGUACCCGGAGGAAACGACGGUCCCAGCGGAGUCCUCAUUUGCUCAGAAAAUUAUCUGACUUACAAGAAUCUCGGGGAUCAGCCUGACAUUCGUUGUCCGAUCCCUCGGCGGCGGAAUGACUUGGACGAUCCUGAGCGGGGGAUGAUUUUUGUCUGUUCUGCGACACAUAAAACUAAAAAUAUGUUCUUCUUUCUCGCGCAAACCGAGCAAGGAGAUAUUUUCAAGAUAACGCUUGAAGUUGAUGAAGACAUGGUUACUGAGAUAAAACUCAAGUACUUUGACACAGUUCCCGUAGCAACGAGCAUGUGUGUACUCAAGACUGGUUUUCUCUUCGUCGCUUCGGAGUUUGGCAAUCAUUAUUUGUACCAAAUCGCUCAUUUGGGUGAUGACGACGACGAGCCAGAGUUCAGUUCCGCCAUGCCCCUAGAAGAGGGAGAUACCUUCUUCUUUGCACCACGGCCUCUAAGGAAUUUAGUUCUGGUUGACGAGAUGGACAGUUUGUCUCCUAUUAUGACUUGCCAGGUCGCGGAUUUGGCAAACGAAGACACUCCACAGCUUUACAUCGCCUGCGGUAGGGGUCCAAGAUCUACUUUACGAGUCUUACGACACGGUCUUGAGGUCUCGGAAAUGGCUGUGAGUGAACUUCCGGGUAAUCCCAAUGCAGUUUGGACAGUAAAAAGAAGAAUCGACGAAGAAUAUGAUGCGUACAUCAUAGUGUCCUUCGUCAAUGCUACUCUUGUGCUUAGUAUCGGAGAGACUGUCGAAGAAGUAACGGACUCUGGUUUCCUUGGAACAACACCCACUCUCAGUUGUUCUGCUUUGGGGGAGGAUGCUCUUGUACAAGUGAUAAACCAACGUCAAGUCGUCAUUGCUCUCACAGGAGGGGAAUUGGUCUACUUUGAGAUGGAUCCGACGGGUCAAUUGAACGAAUACACGGAGAGAAAGAAGAUGCCGUCAGAAGUGAUGUGCAUGGCUCUGGGAAAUGUCGCGGCUGGAGAACAAAGAUCUUGGUUUCUGGCGGUAGGUUUACAAGACAAUACCGUCAGAAUAAUUUCCUUGGAUCCAUCAGAUUGUUUAGCACCGAGAAGUAUGCAAGCUCUUCCUGCUGCAGCCGAGAGUCUUUGUAUUGUCGAAAUGGGCGCUUCUAAAGACGUUGACAAUUCUGACGACACUGUCAUUCAAAAUCAGACGAGUUUAUAUUUAAAUAUUGGACUACAAAAUGGAGUUUUACUCAGAACAGUACUGGAUCCAAUAUCUGGAGAUCUUGCAGACACACGGACUAGAUAUUUAGGAUCACGACCGGUAAAACUCUUUAGAAUAAAAAUGCAGGGAAGCCAAGCGGUUCUUGCAAUGAGCAGCAGAUCAUGGCUGAGUUAUUACUAUCAAAAUCGAUUCCAUUUGACUCCACUGUCUUAUGAAAGCUUAGAAUUUGCUUCCGGAUUCAGCUCUGAACAGUGUCCCGAGGGUAUUGUUGCUAUAUCUACAAAUACCUUGAGAAUUUUGGCGCUCGAGAAAUUAGGCGCUGUAUUUAAUCAAGUGAGCUUUCCGCUUGAGUACACACCGAGGAAGUUUGUGAUCCAUCCUGACUCGGCUAAUCUUAUCAUUAUUGAGACUGAACACAAUGCGUACACAGAGGAUACGAAACAACAGAGGCGACUACAAAUGGCUGAAGAGAUGCAGGAAGCCGCUGGUGCAGAAGAAGCAACAGUAGCACGUGAGCUCGCUGAGGCGUUUCUAUCCGAGGAGCCUAAUGAAGCUGUUUUCGGAGCUCCGAGAGCCGGGCCAGGGCUCUGGGCUUCUCUCAUUAAAAUAAUGGUGCCCACCACGGGUCAGGUUUUCCAAACUCAUCGGCUCGAACAGGAUUACGCUGCUCUCUGUUUGGCACUCGUUAAGUUUGCAAAUCAGGGAGAUCAACUUUUCCUCAUUGUCGGUGUUGCCAAAGACUAUCAACUUAAUCCAAGAAUUAGCAGUGUAAACGCAGACGGUACGGGCAUAGAGCUGCUUCAUAAAUCACCGGUGGAUGAAAUUCCCCUGGCGAUAUGUCCAUACCAAGGGCGUGUUUUAGUUGGGGUUGGAAAAAUGCUGCGACUGUAUGACAUGGGAAAGAAGAAAUUACUGAGAAAGUGUGAAAAUAAACACAUACCCAACGCAAUAGUAUCGAUUAAUGCCGUCGGACAACGGAUUUAUGUGAGUGAUGUACAGGAAUCAGUUUAUGCAGUAAGAUAUAAACGUCAAGAGAAUCAGUUAAUCGUAUUUGCCGAUGACACACACCCACGGUGGAUUACAACAACAUGCGUAUUGGACUAUGACACUGUUGCGACAGCUGAUAAAUUCGGUAAUAUUGCGGUUGUAAGGCUUGCGAGUGGCAUCAAUGACGAUGUGGAUGAAGAUCCGACUGGGAACAAAGCUCUCUGGGAUAGAGGAUUACUAAACGGAGCGAGUCAAAAGGCCGACACUGUAGCCUCUUUUCACGUCGGUGAAACAGUAAUGUCACUACAAAAGGCCACUCUCAUUCCUGGAGGAUCUGAGAGCUUAGUUUAUACAACUCUGAGUGGCACUGUCGGUGUCCUAGUACCGUUCACCAGCCAUGAGGAUCAUGAUUUUUUCCAACAUUUAGAAAUGCACAUGCGAUCUGAGCAUCCGCCGCUCUGCGGUCGUGACCAUUUGUCCUUUAGGUCUUAUUAUUAUCCUGUUAAAAAUGUCAUAGAUGGUGACCUUUGCGAGCAAUUUAAUUCAAUAGAACCUGCUAAGCAAAAAGGCAUCGCCGGUGAUUUAGAAAGAACAGCCUCUGAAGUAUCUAAAAAAUUAGAAGACAUUCGUACACGUUACGCAUUUUAA